UACCCAAAACCACCACGAACAAGGUUCAUUGUAGCAUAUAUCCCGCAACAAAAUGUCUUCCCAUCUUUCGCAAUGUAUGCAGUUGCGGUUGUGGAUAAUGAACUUCCGAUUGAGUCAGAGGCGGAUCCACUUCAGGCUUGCUUCAAAAAUAAUCGCACAAAUUAUUGUGUAUCUCUCGAACUCUACUCUAGAACUCUAGAAUAA